CUGUUAUCAUAGCUGAGCAGUAUACCUGAGUGAACAUUUAGUAAGACAUUUCCCAGUUUUGAUGGACUCUAAAUCAUCAAAGAUAAUAAGGCAUUUCAGAGUGCAAUGAACUUGUACACAUUGUACUAUAAUUUAAAGCCCAAGAAAAUCACUAUAGCUUGAUAUAAAAUUGCUGGCUUUUGAUUGAGUAAACAAAUUAAUCCAAAGAGAGAAAACAUUUUGAUCAAAAGUAAUAGGAAUUUGCAAUCUAGAACAAUCAUAACGAUGUCUGACUUCAUAAAGUCAGGAUCUCUUGGUAUCUUGCUCAUGGGGUGAAUACUGGUAAUUUGUAAGCAACAUUCACAGUAGGGAACACUAAAGCUGACUGCAUAGAGACAAUACAGUUUUAAAGUCCUAAAAAGAAAGAUGGGGAAUGAGGCAUGAAGGGCUGUUGCUGCAAUAUUAUUACCAGAAAACUAUGUUUUUUUUCACAUGGUUAACAUGUGAACAACACAGGGUGUCACCAAAUCAGUCAACACGUUUCAAUAAGUGCUGACGUAGGACAAACGAUACCUGUCUGUGCAUUUAUGAUGAUCCAGCAAGACAGUCCCUGCACAGCUCAGGCAGGACACAAACGUGCAGAACAGAACAGGCUGGUGUGAGCAGGCAACUAAAUUCCUUUUUCCAGUGGUCACAUGAAUCAAAUUUCUAAUCACAAUCCUUCCCCCACAGAUGGCUGCGCCUUUUGUUCCAGUUCCCUUCCUUGUGGACCAGACUGAAGCUUGCAAGUCCUUGGUCAAGAGGAAGUGUGGACACCCGCCUACAGAAACAUCUCCCUCUGUGAGUGCACUGAGACACUGGAUGAAAAUCUCAACUUACUUCUGGAGGAGACCCAGAGGAGACAUGCUGGAUGGGAUGUCUGCAAUGCUGGAGGGUGAAGGGAGAGUUGGGGACUGCUGGGUGGAGAGACCCAUCACGCCGACUCUGCUGGGUUAUGAGACCCUGGAGGAGAGGGCCAAAUUCACGGUUUAUAAGAUCUAUGUGACGACUGCUGAAGGAGACAGCUGGGUGAUCUUCAGAAGGUAUACUGACUUCUGCCAGCUGAAUGAUAAGCUUAAAGAACUGUAUCCCAGCGCUAAUCUGGCACUGCCUCCUAAGCGCUGGUUCAAAGACAACUACAAUGAGGAGUUUCUGGAGGAGAGGCUGAGUGGGCUGCAAAUGUUUCUGCAGAGCCUGGCAUUACACAAAGAAGUCGUCAAGAGUGAGGCAGUCAGACGCUUCUUGUGUUUGGUUGACCCGCCAGGUCCGUUUGACAGUCUGGUGGAGAGCAGGGCUUUUUGUGAGACUCUGGAGGAGACAAACCAUCGUCUCCAGAGGGAACUCCUGGAUAAUCAGAGAGAAGUUGAUGCUUUGAAGAAGAUCCUGAAGGAGAAGGAAAACCACUUUAGCCUCCUUGUGAAGAAAGCAAAAUCCCUGACACUUUCUCCUGAGAGCUUGGAGGGUGGACGCCAGCUGACGGAGACGAUAGCCAUACACAAAAACACACACAAAGAAGGAGACAUCACUGUGAAAGGAUCAGAGGAACAACACAACAAUGAAAGUGAAGUUGCAGAUGAUGACACAAGAAUCUCUAUAACUGAAGUUGUCGAAGAAUCAAACCAUGAAACAAGUUCCUAUAUUUACCCUUUAUGUUACUGGUACUGAAUUUCAAUAAAAAUAAAAUUGUACAACAUUCAUCAAUGGUAAAACAAUUCACAAUUAAUUUUGUAGGUUACAGUCUGACAUACCAGUUUAGAUCAGGAAACUCUCUGAAAGUGGUCAUCUGUUAUUUCCCUGCAGCAACUUUAAAUUCAAAAAGCUCUUAAAGCUCCGGUGAGAAACUUUCUGUUCCUGUUGAUUUGUGCACCAUCCUAGACAAAGGCAUAGACCUCCAACACCAUCCUUAUUUCCUUUAACUGUAGAAUAAAUCACUCAUCAUCAAUGUCUGCUGUAGAAAAAGUUUCAUGAGUUGCUUUUGGUUGGUGUUGAAUUUUCCUUGUUUUGUAUUCCUUUUGUCAUUUCCUGUUUGAUUUGUACUUUUUACCUAUUGUCUUGUGUUGUCCCUUUUCUGA